UGAAACUCCGCCGGGUACAGAUUUCUCUGCCUUUAUCUUGUCCCAGGCACAUCGCAUCGGCAAGCACCCAGGCACACACGCGCACAUGCGAGACACACGUCGUGCUGUCUGGCAAACCUCCUCGUCGGGAAGGGCGCCAGCGACGCGAAAUGCAAUCCAGUGGCUUCCCCCUCCUUCCUCCCAAGAAGAGUUAUUUUAAAACUUCAGGCAUAGUUCUCGGUAGUAACAGUGACCAGGGAUAAAAGGGGAAGGGAGGAAGUGCGGGAGGGAGCGUGGUAACAAGAGAAGUGUUAAAACCCUUCGAGGCUGUUGCAGAGCGGCUGCAGCAGCAGCAGCAGCAGCAGCAGCAGCAGCAGCAGCAUUAGCAGGGUGAGCCGGGACGGGAGGGCAGCGAUGGCUACGGGGCCGGGACAGUCCGGGGAGCGGCGGAGGAGCUGCGGAGAGGCACCUUGCGCGGGUGGUCCCGGCUCCGCCCGGCGAUGAGGGCACGGCCGGGGCCGGCGCUACCCGAGCGGAGCGGAGCCGCAGGAAGCGGGCAUCCGAGGGGGCUGGCACGGCCCCGCCCGGCCCAGACCGAGCCCGCAGCAGCCACCCGGGGAGAGCGGCGGCAGCCCACCAUGUCGCUGCCGGCGGGGAUGCCAGAGUCCCGCGGCGCCCCGCACAGCUUCGCCCCGCUACCCCGGCCAGCUCAGGGCUCGCUGUCCGCCGGGGCCGCCGCUCUCCCGCCGCCGCCGCUCCGCCCAGACGAGCUGCAGCGCGGUCGCCCAUGCCCAUGGCCAUGGCCAUGCCCCCCGGGCGCGCUGCCCGCCAUCUCGCUGCUCGGGCUGGCGCUGCUGCAGGUCGGCCUGGGCUGCGCCCUGGUGGCGCUGAGCGCGGUGGUGUGGCUCAGCAGAGCCGGGCAGAUGAACGCGUGCUCCACCUGCGCCGGCUCCUUGGCAAUGUUAUGUAGAAUCUUAGGGUUGACAACAUGGAAGACGACAGUGAUGAUUUUGGUAAGUAUGGAUUAAAAUUUUGUAAGGAAAUUAUCAAAAUAUGAUUCUGAUUUAAUAGUCAUUGGUAAAAAGAGAAAUCUCUUCUUUCUCCUUGAAAAAAAAAAAAAACCUGUAUGGUUGAGUCUCUCUUUUUAAAUUGUAGAAUCAUAAUUAUUGAAAGAGGAGACCAUGACUCCUGCAUGGCUGGAGUCCUCAGUAAGGGCAAAAAUGGACCAUGUGUGGAAGAAUUGUUAGCGUUGUUUACAGAACAUAUUUUGUGGUUUUGUAUGUAUAAGGAAGUGCUGGCUUAGAAUAAAUAAUUUAGCUCUCUGAGGCAGUGCUGCUUAAACGUAAACGGGGGAGAUGGCUUUAAAGCUUAGCUCAGUUGUAGUGUUUUUUGAUAGCAGCUUUGAGUGCAAGCCGAAGUCUUGCCAGCUUACAGUACUAUCCAGUGUUACCAUUUCAGAUACAGUUGGCAUUGCAAUGCUGUGAGGGAAGUAAAUUGAUGUGUUAGCUGUUUCCAAUUGUAAGUGAAAUCUGAAGCUGUGUGGCUCCUAAUAUCUCAGAGUUGGGAUUUGAAAAAGUGUUUUGCAGUUGCUUUUGUUUGUAGGUUUGGGGAGUUUUUUGGUGGGUCGGUUGGUUUGGGGGUUUUUUGUUUGUUUGUUUGGGGUUUUUUGCCUUACUGUCACUUCUGAAGACUUCUUCCAAGCCAAAGCAGUUGUUUCAUUUUUGUGCAGGACUUCUUUGGGAUCCACGAAGACAUUGAUGAGGAGUACCAACUAUCAGACAUGUGAGCUAGAUAUAGAAUCAGAGUCAUAGAAUAAUCAAGUUUGGAAGAGACCUUUAAGAUCAUCCAGUCCAACCAUCAACCCGGCACUACCACUGUAACCCCUAAACCACUAAAGCACAUCACCUAGUGCCAGAUCCAGACACUUCGUAAACACCUCUGGGGUGAUGCCUCCACCACCUCCCUGGACAACCUAAUCCAAUACUGGACCACACCAACAGUGAAAUAUUUUUCCUAAUAUCUAAUCUGAAUCUCCCCUGUCUCAUCUUAAGGCUAUUUCCUCUUGUUCUCUCACUGCAGGCACAGUAGAAGAGAUCAGCCCUCACCUCACUACAACCUCCUUUCAGGUAGUUGUAGAGAGCAAUGAGAUCCCCCUGAGCCUCCUUGAGACUAAACCAACCCAGCUCCCUCAGCUGUUCCCCAUAAGACAUGUUUUCUAGACCCUUCACAAGCCUUGUUGCCCUCCUCUGGACACACUUCAGCACCAAAAUGUCAUUUUUAGAGUAAGGGCACCAGAACUGAACACAGCACUCAAAGUUUGGCCUCACCAGUGCCGAGUACAGGGGGAUGAUCACUGCCCUAGACCUGCUGGCUACGCUAUUCUUCAUACAGGCCAAGAUGCCAUUGGCCUUCCUGGCCACCUGGGCACACUGCUGGCUCAUAUUGGACCAGCUGUCAACCAGCAUCCCCAAAAU